AUGGAUAACUCCAAAUUAUUUUUUAAAGUUUGGAAAAAUGUUGUAAUAAAACAAAGAAUAUUUUAUCAUACAAGAUUAUAUAAUCUACAUAGACUUGAAAUAUUUAUUGAUAAUAUUUCUGAACAAGUUCGACCAAUAAAAUCUUAUCCAUUCAAACAAUACAUCCAAUCAGUUAGUUUAAUGAUAGUUAAUGAUAAAUCUCUAGUAUUAUCAAUUAUCAAUGAUUUAUUAAUUUCAACUGAUGGUAAUUGUAAAUUCUCAAUAUUUUUAGAUAAUGAUGAAAGUGAUGAUGAAAAGAGUGAUGACGAAAAUGAAAAUGAAAAUGAAAAUGAAAAUGAAAAUGAAAAUGAAAAUGAAAAUGAAAAUGAAAAUGAAAAUGAAAAUGAAAAUGAAAAUGAAAAUGAAAAUAAAAUAUCAAAUAAUAUUAUAAAAGUUCCAAGUAAUUUUAAAAAUUUUGUUUCAACUUUUUUAAGUGAAAAAGAUUUUCAAGUAGAAAUUGAUAAAACAUUACCUUUGAUUAAAAUUAAUAAAUUGGAUAUUCCAGAUUCUAUUCAAAUUAAACCGAUUAAAACAAAUCUUUUCCCAAAUGAUAUAAAUUCAAUUUCAAUGAGUUUUAAUUAUGAAAAAGAAUUAAAAAAUUUACCAAAACAAUUAAAACAGUUAUUCCUUUUCAAUAGUUUUUCAUUGAAUAAUGAAUCUUUACCAGAUGGGUUAGAAAAAAUUGAAUUUUAUGGUGAACAAAAGUUUGAAUUUAAAAAUGGAAUUCUACCACAAUCAGUUAAACAUAUUGGCUUUUUUAAUGGAUUGAAACAAUUAAUAUCAAGUGAUUGGUUACCACAAAAUCUAGAAUCAAUCACAUUCACAAAACCUUGUAAGUUAAAUGAAAAUAGUUUAUUACCAUUAAAAAAUUUAAAAUCAAUUAUAUUUGGCCCAUCAUUUUCAGUCAAUGAAGUUUUCGAUUUUGAGAAUAGAAAAAGCCUAAUUCCAAACUCUGUUACAAAUUUAUCUAUAAAAUGUCCAUUUGAUAAUUUAUUUCCAAAUGUUUUUCCAACUGAAUUAUUAGUUUUAAAAACAUAUCCCAAAGGAGGACCCAGAGCUACUGCCACUGCUAAUAAUGGUGACAACAACAAUAAUAAUAAUAAUAAUAAUAAAAAAGAAAUAUUAACAAUUGAAAGUGAUGUAUUACCUAAAAAAUUAAUAUCAUUUACAAUGGGACCAAAUCAAUAUUUUAAAUCCACAAAUUCAAUUCCACCAAGUUUAAUUAAAAUACAUGGUAUUAAUUCUUUGGAACAAUUAAAUUUAUUACCAAAUAGUGUGGUUAAUAUUUCUUUAUCCCGUCAAAUACAAAAUUUUAAAGCUGGUGAUAUUCCAUCACAUAUUCAAAAAUUAAAAAUUUUAACAAAAAAUGAUGGUAUAUUACAAAAAGGUAUAUUAAAUGAUUGUUUAUCAUUAAAAUCUUUAAACCUCAUUCCAAAUAUAAAAUAUAUUGAGAUUGGAGCAUUGCCACCAAAAAUAGAGCAAUUGGAAAUCGGAUUUUCUAAUGACAAGCAAUCACUUUCUUCACAACAUUCAUUACCAGAUUCAUUGAAAAUAUUAAUUUUAAGAGAUGGAUCAUUUCCAAAUAAUUUAUUUGAAACACCAUUUAAAAAUUUGGUAGCUUUAAAAAUACAUUCACUUUUAACUAAACCAUUUCAAUUUACUUGCCUUCCUCAAUCAUUAAUGGUUUUAGAUAUUUCUACUCACAAUCCAAUUAAAUGUAGUGAGCUUCCAAUAUCAAUCAAAUAUUUAGUGGCUAGAGGAAAUGGAGCACUUUUAUUACCACUCCCACCAUCUUUAAAAUUAAUUUUUGUUAAUAGUUCUUUUCUUUAUUUAAAUAAUCAACCAAAAAUAGUUGAAACUAUAUUAAAAACUUUAAAUUUUGCUCAAAUGACAAAAAUAUUUGAAAAAUUAAUAAAAUCUCUUUAA